UUUGUAACCAGAAUGAUCUAAGACUAGACAGCUCAUCUUCACUCAUCAUAUUGUGGUUCAGUCAAGAUUCACCACUGCAGGCAUCAGCAUCGAACGCCGUCCACUCAUUUUGACGAUAUCAACAAAUCCUAUCCGCGUACCCACUCGACGAUAUGCGUACUAUAGUUCUGCUCCUAUUACUACCUGCUCUGUCUCUGGCCGUCCGCCUGGGCUCCUGUCUCAACGUCCCUCACAGCACGACAGAAUUAUUUCUCCACUUCACCGACCCUCACGCAAUUGGCUAUGACUUCUCUAUUGUGACAGGCUGGCGUCGAUAUCAUCAUAAGAUUAGCCAAGCUUUGGAAUCUGCGAGAUACUCCAUUGUACCUCCUGGAGACGUAAAGCACAGCGCGUCGUGUGGAUGGAUUCAGGUUGCGGAUGUAUGGGUCAAUGGAAUCCACCAUGGAAAGCUUAGUUUUCGGGAUGUGGCUCAACUCAACACGACAUUGUCUAGAAAUGGCACCCAGAAAGCUACUAAACGGUUCAACAGCUACCCUGCCGCGAUACAUGAUCAAGUGGAGAACAUCCUCUGGAUCCUUCACAAUACAGUGCCGGUGGUCGACGUAACAAUUCUUGUUGCUGAGCUCCUCAGUCCCUUUUUUGCGGUGGGCCUAUGUCUCGUACCGAUAUACUUCCUUAAUCGGCGACGCAUGAAGUCCAAACACCAGGAAGCAUUGGACGAAGUUGAACUAUCACCAAUGCCUGACAAUCACAAUUUCUCCUCCAGCAUGGCUCCCGUGCCUUUGGACGAACUAGACAAACCCCCAAAUUACACCGAUUUAACCAUUUAUUCGGUUGAUGCGAGCGAUAAGUCUUGAGAAGAUUCCUAUGGG